GCCUCAUGAACGGACCCACUCACUCAGCACAAUAUACAUGCACAGAGAGGUUGUGGAUGCUAAGUCGGUGGUACUGAUGACGAAAGACUUCAAACACCAUCAAUAAUUUGCUUAUCACAUUGGAAAGAUUGUAACAAGCUUAAGUCAAAGAUGGCUGCCCGUAUCACAGUCCAUUCAGUGCUUGAUAAGAUCAGUAAGGAUCAUCUAGAAUGUCCAAUAUGCACCAAUCGCUUCAUCAAUCCAACAAUGCUAGACUGUCUACACAGCUUCUGCUUCACAUGCCUCAAGGAGCUUCACCAACAAGAUCCUAACAACUCCAUCCUACUGUGUCCUCUGUGCAGAAAGAAAACAACACUAGAAGACAACAAGGUUGACAGUCUACCUAAGGACUUUAAACUCAAUGCCCUGGUGGAAGAGUUUACUGUUCAGGAGCAACUUAUUGAGGGUCAUGGGUCAGAGGUCAAAUGUCAAGCCUGUAAAAGAGAUCAUACGGCUGUUUCCAGAUGUAUUGACUGUGAACAUUUUAUUUGUCAUGAAUGUCAACAAGCACAUCAGCAUAUGGCUAUUUUGGAAUCACAUAAAAUCUACUCACUUGCUCAACUGCAAUCAGGUGUAGUAACCUACCGCAGUAAAAUCAGGGAGUACAUUCCAAAGUGUGGCAAGCACAGUGAUCAGACUCUGAACAUCUACUGCAACACAUGCCAGAAGUUAGAAUGCACAACUUGUACCAUUCUUGAUCAUGCAAACCAAACACAUGACCCUAUCGGCAUACCUGAGGCUUUAGACAAAUGCAAACAGGAAGUCGCAGAGCUGGUUGCAAAAGCUGAGAAAUGCAAGGCUGAUAUUAAAACUGCCAUGGAACAAGCUAGUGAGUCUCGCAAGAAACUGGAAUCUUCAUAUGCUGAAACCAAAAUGAAAAUCUCCCAGAAGGCUGCCAAGGAGAGAGCAAAGAUCACCGAAGAGGAACAGCAGCUGAAACAAGAGGCAGAGAGUGUUUACAAAGACAGAGUUCAGACAUUUGAAACUGCAGAGGCAACCAACACAAAAGAAGUGACCCAGGUAGAGCACAAGCUGGAUGAAGUGAAUCAGUUCAUGACCCAAGCAAGUUCUCAUGAGAUUCUGGAUUUCAAGCUGAAACUUAAAAACAAUCUUGAUGAACUAAUUAAGAUACAAGGUGAGAUUGUGUCUGACAGGCUUUCCUUUCUUGAGUUUGAAGAAGGUGAAAGGUCAGUGGGAAGACUGGUGCUGGAAGAUGAGCAACAAGCUAAAGCAGAGGCUCAGGCCAAGGAACAUGAAACAAUCCAUACAAAACAAAAGUGGAAACUGAAAGAAAGUUUCAGUCUAUUUGGCUUCACGCAAUGUCAGACGGAAAGGUUUGUUACAGCUUUCUCCGACAAUGAAAUAGUAGUAUUAGAUAUAGACCACGAUGCAUUGUGUGCAUUAAAACCUCAAGUAGCAGCAAACACAUCACAGUCUACUCACUGCCCACAAAGAUUAAAACUAAAAGGUCUUUCUGAACCAUCAGCACUCACUGUGGGCAAUAAUGAUCACCUGUAUGUGAUUGACAAUCUAGAAGUCAAGGUCUUUAACAGGAAGUAUAUGCCCCUCUAUCAGUUCCAACUAAUGGUAAGAAACUUCUCCCCAUCAAGACUUGCGGUGGAUGAAAACAAUCUUAUAGCAGUGGGUUAUUCAGAAGGGCGGAAGAUCUCACUCUACAACCCUGAUGGAUCACUCAUCAGAACAUUCUCUACUCCAGUACAGGUAGACUAUUUGACUUUAUACAAGGAGAGGAUUAUCUACAGCAGUAGAGGUGAUCUUACACAUUUACACUCAGUUGAUUAUAAGGGUGGAAAGGUGUUCUCAGUAGAUAUUAAUCAGUCUGAAGAUUCCUGGGGUAUUUGCUGUGAUAAAGAUGGAAGUAUCUUUGUUGCUCAAUAUAAUAGGACAACACAAAACAAUAGAAUAUGUCAGUACAGUCCUGAUGGCAAGUACAUUGGAUGUGUCAUUGAGGAUUGUGGUGAUGCCUAUGACAUCACAUUCACACCAUCUGGCAAUCUUGUAGUGGCAGCAAUGACAUCAGUACACAUCUUCCAAGUUGUUUCCCAGUAAGAAUAGUACCUCACUUAACAUGCGAAAGUUAACUAUAAAAACAAAACAACUGAACCAAUAAUAUCAUAACAUACACAUUACACUAGUUCAUUAUAUUGUAAAUGUAGCGAUUUGCUGGCUCCUACCUAAUUAGGAGACUUGUUGCAGUAGUCACAUUUUUAACAAUAACAUACAAUGUCAAUGGGUAAACAGUGUGAUUGAAAUAACUUUGAGACACUGUAUGUUGUAUAGGAUUACAAGGUUUAUAUUUGUUGUGUUGUCAUUUAGCCUCUGAGGAAGACUCCUGCUGGAGUCAAAAGAAAUGUCAAGCCUCAAACUAUUUGUUGGAAUACAAGGUUGUCAGAGAUGCACUGUUUAAAAUUUCAAGGAUGACUCAUUGAAACCAACUAAAACCAAAGCAAAGACACAGAUAAUAGGAUUAAGUGUACAGUAAAAGAAAGAGGGGUUUAUGGGCGUCAUCUGGACAAUCUGUUUAUUGUUUAGUCUUCCUGUCCUGCUGGUCAAUCUGUUUUGUACACUUGUAAAAGUAUUAUUGUUGGAAGUGAACAUUUUGGACACCUUGUAUUUGAUUCAUCAGAAUAUCUGGAGAAUUAAUUUCCUAAACCUAAAUAUAUCCUUGAAGAGCAUCCACAAUCUGAAAUGUCUGAAGCCAAAGGCAAAGGAGGCAAUAUGGCAUUAUGUACAUUACGUUGUUUCAUAACAACAAAAUUAAUUGUAAAUCGCCUAAAUUACUGUUUAUGUGAAGAAGAAAAAGAAAGAAAAAAAAGAAAAAGAAAAAGGGAUACAAAAAAAGGUGUUCCACUUCCAUGUGACAUCCAAAUUUGGUACAGAAUCACCUUAAGAUAAGAUGGAAUGUGGAACAACAACUACUCAAAAAUAACCUUGUUGCAUGGAAACAACAAUUUAAUAAGUGGACAGUACAAAUAGCAAGAUUUAUUGCCCCUAACUAAUUUACUGUCUGUCUCUUCACAUUUUGCAGAGUUUGUAAGUACUUAUAACACAAUGAAUGGCUUAUCAUGCCCACCUAUUAUCUUUAACGAUCAAGUUUGGUAUUCCAACAUGCAUUAAAGGACACUGUUGUUCAAUAAGAUCACAUUAAAUUUAAUUCAAAUUAAUAGUUGUUUUCUUAAUUCUAAUGCCUGUCAAAUGGAAUCAAACAAUGUACCGUAAUCACCACCGUUUAAGUAAACUGACGAUUAUUGUUAUUUUCUUUUCCUACUUUUCUUAUAUUUUCCAUUUUGCUUGUAAAUUAACACAAACACUUCAUCACUAUCAUCUGCUAGCUCCCAGAUGUAUAUAAAUUGCUUUAUUGUUUUACUAAGCCUUUUAAACUAAAAGACAGUUACUGUGUGUAAAUUGCAAAAUAAAUGUAUGAAAUGAACAGGUUGAAAUGUAGUUGCAUUUACAUGCAUUAAAGGACACUGUUGUUCAAUAAGAUCACAUUAAAUUUUAUUCAAAUUAAUAGUUGUUUUCUUAAUUUUAAUGCCUGUCUAAUGGAUUCAAACAAUGUACUCACCACCGUUUAAAUAAACUGACGAUUAUUGUUGUUUUCUUUUACUACUAUUCUUAUAUUUUCCAUUUUGCUUGUAAAUUAACACAAACACUUCAUCACUUUCAUCUGCUAGCUCCCAGAUGUAUAUAAAAUUGCUUUAUUGUUUUACUAAGCCUUUUAAACUAAAAGACAGUUACUAUGUGUAAAUUGCAAAAUAAAUGUAUGAAAUGAACAGGUUGAAAUGUAGUUGCAUUUACAUGCAUUAAAGGACACUGUUGUUCAAUAAGAUCACAUUAAAUUUUAUUCAAAUUAA